AAUAAAUAUCUUAAACCAACUAUCUCCAAAAUUUUCAAAAUUAAUGUAAUUUAAUUUUCUAAAACAUACAGUGGAAUAUUUUUCAUUCGGAUAUUGCAUCAUGGUCACGUCGUCAACGCGGCCGCAGGUCCGAAGUGCGUUUCUGUAAAAAUGCUUGCGCGCACUGCAACAGAGCUGCCACGAGUUCCGCACGGUUCGCGACUGUGUAAUUAUGGAUGCAUCACCUAUAUUAGAAUCAUUUAGUCUAGUUUCACUGUAACAAUAUUAUUAACAAUGAUCGUUAUUAUUAGCCAUUUUAUAAUUAUAUUUGAUUAAAAUAUUUUUAUUGUAUAAGUAUCUCAAAUCAAACAUAAUAUUCAUAUGAUUUCCACUUCAAUUCCGAUAAUGAUAUUUAAAAUAUUAGUAAGUAUCUCUGAGUAUUUUUUAUAUACAUUAAUCUUGUGAUAUUUUUCUAAAUAACUUUUGAUGCACGUUGCAAUCAUUUUCAAAUACAUAAUAAUGUAUAUGUUGUCUUAUUAUGUUUUAAAUCAUAAUUAUAGCGACGAUUAAUAAAAAAUAGUACUUUGUUAUAUACAUAAGUGCCACUUGUGGUCUAAACUGAAAAAAUAUUUUUGAUUCUGAUUUUUGAUACCCUCAAGUGCUACGCGGCGGCUUUUCAAACGAAAUAUUUAUAUUAUGUGUUUUAAAUAUCAUAUGAAUGAAUCAUAUGAAUAAUCAUGGUGUUUCUUAACAAAACAUUUUUGUCAACCCUAACACAUUUUGCGGAUCUCUGCAAUAAUUUUCAAAUAAAUUGGAAUCGAUUCGACCCGAACUUCAUUCUGUGCUUCAUCUACUGCUUCGUGCAUCAGAAGAACCGUCAACCAACAAGGAACCGCUCCCCAGUGCUCCAGACCUAGUGCUCCAGACCUAUUGCUCCAGACCUAGUGCUCCAGACCUAGUGCUCCAGACCUAGUGCUCCAAACCCAGUGCUCCAGGCCCAGCGCUCCAAGUAUUCCGAGUGAGUUUCUAUCAUCUAACAAACACAAUGUCUGACUCCGAGUACGAAUCUGCAAUUGUCGAGAGUCGCAUCUCAAAGUCAGAGAGGAGGAACCCAGCUCUUAUUAUAAGAUCUGACUCCGAAGCUGAAAACGGGACUAGACGAGAUCAGGCAAAAACAUCUAAGAAGAAGUCCAACAAUCGAGCCCCGUCAAAGUCUGAUUCAGAAGACGAUCAGCCUUCCAAGCGUAGCAAGGCUAAGACAACCAAGAGGAAGUCGACAACAUCACGAUCUUCAAAAACCGCUACGCCAAAGAGACGGAACACCAAAAAAGAAGAGGAUCUGUUCGGGCUGGUCUCUGAAGACGAGGAAGACGCAGCUCACGCAAACGCGUCUCGCCGAGCGCCGUCGAGCCAGCUGCCGAGCUCCAUCAGCAGCAAGGUCGCGGACGGGUCGGUGCUGCGGCGCGCGCAGCUGAGCGGCCGCUACUACGCCGAGCUGCGCCUCUACUCCACGCGGGACGCGCUCGACACCCGCCCCGAGACCCGCUACACCAAGGCGCUCGUCACUUUGAAGCUCCAGCUCGACCCGGACCAGCCCGAGUGGGACUUGCUUCAAAAGUUCCUCAGGAGAGCCAAGACGACGUACUUUGCGGAUAGCGUGCCGGUGUUUUAUAAUAAUAAAAUUAACUAAAUUGUAAAUAAAAAUAUACAUAUUAAUUAGGUCUAAUUUACUUACUUAUAAUUUACGUAGGUACUUAAUAAUAAAUGAAUUGAAACCUAGUGUUAUAGUACUUAAUUAACCUCGGUACCUAGCCCAAACCACGUUUCGACGAACUCGCAUAUUUCAGCAAGUUACAUAAUACAUUAGUAAAUAGGUACCUACAUUACAUAAAAUCAAUAAAAGUAAAGUUUCAUUAGCUACAAAAUAAUUCCAAUCUUUGGAAGACAGGUUCCGAGGUUAAUUAAAGUUCAUUACUGGUUAAGGUAGGUUAGUUAAAGUUAAUUACUGGUUAAGUUAGGUUAACUAAGAAGAUGCCGUUCUGCUCUGGGUGUGCCGUUCAAGUUGAUAGAAGGAAAUGGGUUGGCCACUUGCGGAGCACCGCGCACAAGAACAAGUGCGCGGCGGUCGCUCAGGACGGAGUCGUUGAAGUCGCGUCUGCGUUCCGCGGUCGCAUAGCCUCCUACAGGUUACCGGUGACGACCGAAACGGAACAUUAUUUUCCAGACUUAUUUUUAAAAAGCGUAGAAUUCAAACUCUACAAACUUUUACAGAGUUCUCUUAAAAAACAUGUAAGCAUCAAAGUAAAUUUAGAAUAUUUUGGUAAUUUCCUUUUGUUCAAAAAUAACGAACAACAAAUAAAAUCGUUCGCAACUAAAAAUAUUAUUGUUCAUCGUAACUUUGAAUUUAAGCGCUUAUUUACAUCAGUAUUAAAUAUCAUAAAAAAGAAAGUUGAAGAGUUUCAGGAACGUGAUAGUGGAUGGACUUUUCUGAGUAAUGUUUAUUUAGAAGUAAAUAUUAACAAAUAUGAUCCAUUAUGUGGAUCUGGGUCGACUUAUGUUGAUUUGCCACCAGUGAUAAAGAAGAAAAAAGCGUGUGUCAAUAUUAAAAAUGACGAUAAAUUCUGUUUUUUGUGGAGCAUAGUCGCUGCGAUUUAUCCUGCUCAAAAGAACUGUGACCGAACUUCGUCAUAUCCAGACUUUAAACGGGUGCUCAACAUCGAAGGUAUGUCUUUUCCUGUAACUUUUGACGAUAUAGCGCUUUUUGAAAAAAAUAAUCCAACUUUAAGUGUUAAUGUUUAUUCCUUAAAUAACAAUAAAUGCGUUGUGGGUCCUAUUUACAGAUCUGAAUUUAAAUCAGACUCUAGAAAAAGAAUUAACUUGCUUCUCUUUGAGGACAAUGUACACUCGCAUUUCGUUUUAAUAAAAAAUUUGCCCCGUUUGGUUCGAAGUCAAAUUACAAAGCGUAACGGUAAGUUACAUUUUUGUGAAGACUGUUUAUUAUUUUUUACUUCUCAGAAUAGUAUCGAUAAACAUAUCUGUAGUGGUGUUACAACAGUACUUCCCGAAAAAGGUAGUUAUCUUCAGUUCAAAAAUUUUGAAAGGAAACAAGAUGUUCCUUUCGUUAUUUACGCAGACUUUGAAACCAUCCUUGAACGAUAUCAAGGAUGUGAGCCCGAUCCUCUUGCUAGUUUUACAACACCGCGUCAACGACAUAUCCCAGCAGCUUUUGCGUAUCAAAUAAUUUGUUCCUUUGAUAAUACUUUCAACAAAUUUGUUCAAUAUCGCGGUCCAGAUUGUAGUGAAAAGUUCUUAAAAAAUCUUUAUGAAGACAUUACAAAUAUUUAUAAUAUUUUGAACGUUGAAAUUAGAAUGAUUUUUACCGAAAACGAUAAGGUAAAGCAUUCACAAGCCGACGUGUGUCACAUUUGCGAUAACCUACUGAUCGGAGACAAGGUGCGAGAUCAUUGUCACCUUACAGGUAGAUAUCGUGGCGCAGCACAUCAAUACUGUAAUUUGCGAUACAAUGUCCCUAAGUUCGUACCGGUAUUUUUUCAUAACCUGUCCGGUUACGAUUGCCAUUUGUUUAUUAAAGAAUUAGCUGACAGCUUAGGCCCUAUUAAAGUAAUACCUAAGAACAAAGAAAAUUAUAUAUCUUUUACUAAAUUCCUUACCUUACCAAAUGGAAAAUUUGGACAAAUCCGAUUUGUGGAUUCUUUUAAAUUUUUAGGAACUAGUUUAGAAAAAUUAGUAAGUGGUUUACGUAAAUCUGAUUUAUUUCAUUUGAAAAAUCAUUUUCCUAAUGACAACAAAUUCAGUUUAUUGACACGAAAGGGAGUUUAUCCCUAUGAUCACAUAUCAGAUUGGGAAUCAUAUUCAGAAGAAACACUUCCCAAUAAAAAACAAUUUUAUAAUUCCCUUACCAAUGAGGAUAUAAGUGACUCCGACUAUGCUCAUGCCAAAACUGUCUGGUCCGUUUUUAAUAUUAAAAAUAUUGGAGAAUACACCGAUCUUUAUCUUAAAACAGACGUACUUCUUUUAUCGGAUGUAUUUGAAAAUUUUCGACUUGUCUGUAAGCUUAACUAUCAGUUAGACCCUGCUUUCUAUUUAACAGCUCCAAGUUUGUCUUUUGAUGCGAUGUUAAUGAAGACUGGUAUACAGUUAGAAUUGUUACAUGAUUUAGAAAUAAUCCGUCUUUUACAAAAAGGUAUACGAGGAGGUAUCUGCAUGUGUUCUACCAGACAUAGCGAAGCAAACAAUAAGUACAUGUCGAAUUAUGACGAGUACAAGCCUGACUCUUAUUUAGUGUACAUUGACUGUAAUAACCUCUAUGGCUAUAGUAUGUGUCAGCCUCUGCCUGUAUCGGAUUUCAGAUUUUUAAAUAAAAAUGAAAUAGACCAGUUAAAUAUUUUAACGGUACCUGACGAUGCGGACACCGGUUACAUUCUUGAAGUAGAUUUGUUGUACCCAGAAAACUUACAUUGUGACCAUAACGACUAUCCUUUCUGUGCCGAAAAGUUUGUACCGCCAGGUGGACAUACAUCAAAAUUAAUACCUAAUCUUUAUCCGAAAUUUGAAUACGUAAUUCAUUACGUUCAUUUAAAAACAAGUAUCAGUCAUGGGCUUAUCUUAAAUAAAAUUCAUCGCGUUUUAUCGUUCAAACAAAAUGCCUUUUUAGCUAAAUACAUUAAUCUUAAUACAGAAUUGAGAAAAAAAGCUACAACUCCUUUUCAACAAGAUCUUUUCAAACUGUUAAAUAACUCUGUUUUUGGAAAAACGUUAGAGGAUAAUGAACGUCGUGUUGAUGUUAAAUUAGUUAAUCAAUGGCGUGAUGACUCAAAUAAAACUAAAAAGCAUCUAAGCGCUGAUAAGUUAAUCGCACGACCAAACUUUCACAGUGCUACAGUAUUUUCUAAAAAUUUAGUUGCCGUUCAGAUGAAACCUGAAAGAAUAAUUUUGGAUAAACCUAUUUACAUAGGAUUUUCAGUAUUAGAACUGUCCAAAAGUCACAUGUACAAUUUCCAUUAUUCAGUCAUAAAACCACACUAUCAAGACAGGGUACAGUUAUGCUAUACCGAUACCGACAGUUUCAUUUAUAAAAUUGAAACUAAGGACUUUUAUCUAGAUCUAAAUACCCACUUUCUCAGUUACUUUGAUACAAGUAAUUAUGAUUCAGAAAAUCUUUUUAAUUUGCCAGUAGUGAACAAAAAAAUUCCGGGAUUGUUUAAAGAUGAAAUGGGCGGUGAAAUCAUAACAGAAUUUGUAGGUCUUAGGUCAAAGUUAUACUGUGUUAAAACGGAAUCAAAACUUAUUAAAAAAGCUAAGGGUGUUAAAAAAAGUGUAAUUAAAGACUUGACUUCAACUGACUAUAAAAAGGUUCUGCUUCAUGACCAAAUAAUACGUAAAAAGAACAUAUUGUUCAGGUGCAUCAAACAUGAAAUUUUCACUCAAGCAGUGAACAAAAUUGCUCUAUCAAAUGAGGACGAUAAACGAUUUGUACUUCCUGACAAAAUCUCCACUAAAGCAUGGGGGCAUCAAGAUUUAAUGUUUUAAGUUUAAUGUGUUAAGUAAAUUAAGUUUUAUAAUAUAAGUAUGCAAUAGGUGUAUAGAUAAAUAAGUAUGAUUUUAAUUGUAAAAUUACUAACACCAUUAGUUUUUAAUUUACUAACACAAGAUUUAUUCAUAACUGUACAUAAUAAUUGCUAAAUAAAGUCAUAAGUAAAGAGAUUAA